CGGGGCGGCGUCUCAAACGGAAGGUGGUGGUUGUCCGAGCCGAAGGGGGUUUGAAAGUGGGGUCGGGCCCGUUCGUAGUUGUUUGUUGCCGCGGCCCUGCUUCCGGACUAGGCCGUUCCUGCCCGCCCCCGCCCCGCCUCCUUUCCGACCCCUCGGUCCCCGGCCCGGCUCUCCGCUCGACUCGUGCUCCGCCCGCCGCAGCCCGCUGCCGACCGGGCCCGCACUGCGGCCCCGCCGCCGCCACCAUGUCCCUGCACGGCAAACGGAAGGAGAUCUACAAGUAUGAAGCGCCCUGGACCGUCUACGCCAUGAACUGGAGUGUGCGGCCCGACAAGCGCUUUCGCCUGGCGCUGGGCAGCUUCGUGGAGGAGUACAACAACAAGGUUCAGCUUGUUGGUUUAGAUGAAGAGAGUUCGGAGUUUAUUUGCCGAAACACCUUUGAUCAUCCAUACCCCACCACAAAGCUCAUGUGGAUCCCUGACACAAAAGGCGUCUAUCCAGACCUACUGGCAACAAGUGGUGACUAUCUCCGUGUGUGGAGGGUUGGUGAAACAGAGACCAGGCUGGAAUGUUUGCUAAACAAUAACAAGAACUCGGAUUUCUGUGCUCCUCUGACCUCCUUUGACUGGAAUGAGGUGGAUCCUUAUCUUUUAGGUACUUCCAGCAUUGAUACGACUUGUACCAUCUGGGGGCUGGAGACUGGGCAGGUGCUGGGGCGAGUGAAUCUUGUGUCUGGCCAUGUGAAGACUCAACUGAUUGCCCAUGACAAAGAGGUCUAUGAUAUUGCAUUUAGCCGGGCUGGGGGUGGCAGGGACAUGUUUGCCUCUGUGGGCGCUGAUGGCUCGGUGCGGAUGUUUGACCUUCGCCAUCUAGAACACAGCACCAUCAUUUACGAAGACCCACAGCAUCACCCACUGCUUCGCCUCUGCUGGAACAAGCAGGACCCUAACUACCUGGCCACUAUGGCCAUGGAUGGAAUGGAGGUAGUGAUUCUGGACGUCCGAGUUCCCUGCACGCCUGUUGCUAGGUUAAACAACCACCGAGCAUGUGUCAAUGGCAUUGCUUGGGCCCCACAUUCAUCCUGCCACAUCUGUACUGCAGCGGAUGACCAUCAGGCUCUCAUCUGGGACAUCCAGCAAAUGCCUCGGGCCAUCGAGGACCCUAUCCUUGCCUACACCGCCGAAGGAGAGAUCAACAAUGUGCAGUGGGCAUCGACUCAGCCUGACUGGAUUGCCAUCUGCUACAACAACUGCCUGGAGAUACUCAGAGUGUAGUGUUGGUGCCGCUGUGCCCCCGAGGCAGAGGUUUGUGUGCUUCCCGCCUCUGCCCCACCCCCAAAGUAAGAAGAAACAUGUUUCCGGUGGCCAGUAUGUCUUUCAUUGCUUUGCACCCACUGUUACCAGAACCUGCUCUAGGAGUUCCUGGCCAGUCACCCCAUCGCGCUCUGUGCUGGACUCAAUGCUGUGUGGCGCCUCCUCAGCCCAGGGCUGAGUUUUAAGAUUUUCUUCCUUUCCUAUUUUCCUUUGGUUCCUCAAUUAAAAUUUUCUGUAUAUUUGUUUCUCAGCCAUUGUGUUAAUGAACAUUUCAGCCCACUGGCUAUGUUUGUAGUCAUCUGCCCUAGAUGUCUCUGUCUGUCUGCUGCCCAAGGCAGCAAUCUGUGUCCAUGUCCACGAUAGCACUUAAGUGGGAACAAAUACCAAUUUGAAGUUGUCUCUCCUCCUAUUAUCAAUGUCUUUAACAAAUUUCAACUUUGUAUAUUUUUUAUCUAUCAGGCUAAUUUUUUUAUGAAAAGAAUUUUACUCUCUGGUUACUUCCUUCGUUUCAUAGUCCUCCCUAUUAGCACCUUCCUCUCUUCCCUCGGUGCCUGGAUCUGGCACUGGGCCUUUGACCCCAUGAGCAGUUUGCCUUCUUGAAUCACUGCCUGAGCGGAACGUACCUGACCGGGAGUCCCAAACCGCCUUGGUGCUCUGAAGUCCGCCAACUCUCACACCUUUUCUCAGCCUGGCUCUUCUCAGGGGCAUUCUGGGCUCCAAGACAGAUGUGUGAAGCCUUCUGUUAUUCCUUGAAGUACCUCUGUGCAACCCCACUGGGACCCAUUGGGAACAUGUUAGAGCUGAGAUACACAGGCUGAUUGGGGUGCCUGACUUGAGGGGAAUCGUUUCAGGAAAGCCGAGCUUAGAGCAUAUUUCCAGUACAUAGUUUCAGAGUCUGUUUUUCCCUACAAAUAUAAGCCCUAGGCCACUUCCUUUCAUGUCUUGAAUGAUAGGCAAGAAUGAUCUCUAAGCAGAACUUUGGUAUCUGUUUAGUUUACUGUGACUGGUGGUAUGUUGGCCACUCUUUGGCUUGAGCGCGCUGAGGUUAGAGUCCUGCUUGAGAGGCAUACAAUCUGUGUGUCUAACCCUGAACAAGAUCUCCUGUAGAGUGUGGGAGACCGUCAGCUCUUAUAAGGGAUGGGCUAAUAGGCCGUGAUGAUCCCAGGCCGUCAAGUAAAUAGAUAGCUACAAAAGAAUCCAAGACUCCAGGGGCAGCCAGUUAAGAGCUCUAUGCAUACCUGUCAACCGCCCCGCCCCCAGUUUGGGUUCUGAGCAGUAUUGGACUUGUAGGCUGCAGAUAUCUGUUUCCGUUAUGUGAAUGAGUUCCAGGGAAGGGACUUGUGUGUGAUUCUAAUGGUAGAUGAUUCUUUGAGCAGGCAGAGUUUGGGACACACUCAGAAUUUGGGGCGGGAGGGUUUGUCUGGUUCGUCAUGCUCUGCCAAGUGCCCAAAGGUUUCUGAGACCCUCUGAGUUGUGCAUCUGAGAGUAGGAGAGUAGCAGACCUAAAGGCUGAUGGUUUUGUCCACUUAGGCUUUUACCUGCUCUUGAGAAACAAAACAGCUAGCUUUGUUCUUCUGGGCCCUUAGACUCUUUUAGUUGAGUCUUCCUUUUCAGAAGCGGAUAUAUUUGUAUCCCCAAAGUCAUAGCUCUUUGCUUUACUGCACAGGGGCUUGUCCCAAAGGAAAAGGCUCCUUUUUUAGUAAGGGUAUUUCUCCUACCUUUUUACUUCCUUAUUCUGAUUUUGGGACUCUUUGGCUGGCCAUCUGCUUGACGUUGACUCUCCUGCAUCUACCACCAGAUUUCCACUGCAUCAUUUGGAGAUAUAAAGAAAGCAGUUGUUCUUGGUCAAAACCCUCCUCUGCUUGUAAUUGUGUUUGAUGGUUCCAAAGUCCUUCUCUCAAGGGUAGCAAGUCUGAGUUGAUGAUUGUUUGCUCCAGGAGGUCAUCAGGUCCUUCCUGUGGAAAAGGGUCUGAAGUGGAGGUCAGAGUGGUAGGAGGGACUGGUCCUGCUGGGACAGGGCUUAACUACACUAAGUUCUGAGUUAAGAUUCCUUUCCUGAUCUGCACUUAAACCUGGUCUGAAUGGUGAAAAGAUUUGUCAAUUGGAACUCAAAAACAACCUGAGGAGAAAAAAUUGGUCAAUAGUAAAUAGCAUAUAUUUGCAUAAAGUUGCUGUCUACUCUGGAAACCAACAACUUUUGAUGCCAUUUUUUUUUUCCCUUGCCCUGUGGACUCCCAGCCCUGUCAGCUCUCCUUAGGCCCUGCGGUGUGAUCCUUCCUCCUCCUGACAUCCCACCUGGGGCCCAGGUGAGACUCCCCAGUCUCCCCAAGCAAACACACACGCACUCAUGGUUGCUGGGAUUCUAGUAUUUUGAAGUCACUGCUCUCUUACCCUCCCUUUAUGCCACAGGCCAGAUGGCCUCAUGGCUGAGGAGGAGAUUUCUGUAGUCUCAGGAUUUAGAAAGCCUCUUAGCCAGCCAUGCUCUGGGAAGCAGAAAUCUGUUGUAGUUUUCAAAGCAAGUGUCUGCUUAAUUUGUUUAGGUUCUCAAAUUGACAGCCAGACAGAAUGGGUGGGAGGUUCUGGAUCUGCUCUCUUCGAGUCUGAGCGAAGGGCUGCCAGGACGUCACUGGGAAGGCCACAGUGGCGCCUCUGGGCUCUGGCUCUACUGGCAGUGGCCCUUUGAUUGCUCUUGGUGCCCUGGGCUGAAGCUGCCUUUGUUUUCCUUGUCUGCUCUGAAGGGCAAGGGAGGUGCUGAAUAAAUUAGGCCUCGGGUUCCACGUCAGAGAGCUGGUGAAUGGGUACAAGUCCUUCAGGAGCUUGAAUAUUUAUACUCAGGAGAGUUGGAACCCUGUCCUUCCAGGGAGGAACCACGCUGCAAGAUGAGGACUUGAAGAGGGAAGAUAUUUGAUAACUGGGUAAGAAUUUCUUAUCAGAACCAGGAUUGGCUCUCAGAGAACUGGUUAAGAAUUGGGAAGAAAGAAAAAAAAAUUGAGACUCCUACAAGGUUUUGAUGAUAGUUUUGGCUGAAAUUUUAGGAGGAGAUUUAGGAUGUGGGGGAAAAUCAAUGGUAAGUGUUUCUUUAGAUCAAAGGAGAAAAUAUUAGAGGGCAGUAAAGGUGUGCGGUGGAAAGCAUUCAGAUUGUCUAUUAUGUGGCCAUGGAGUAAGACUGUGUCCUCGGCCCUUGUCAGCCUUCCUGGACCAUUCAUCGGGUAUCUGUGAUGCUUGGUAACUGUGGGCAGAGGACAACAGCUCAGAGCAGAGGAGCCCCUCCCUGCAGCACUGCAACCAUAGGUGAUACUUUAUGGUGGAAAUCUGCAGGUGCUGGGAGUCGUAUGACCAUUCCAGACCUUGGUUGACCAUUCCUCUUCUUGGUUGUAGGUUUGUAGAGAGCAGAAGAAGCAGACGUUGUAAACAGUCAUGUUGACUUUUCUUCCCUCCCUUUUCUCUUCCUCUUAUCUUCCCACUUCCUUUCUAGGAUAGAACUUUCUCCCUGGUGCAACCUGGGCCUUGAAUUCCUAGGCUGUAAGGACAUGCAGGAGCUUCAUGGGAGGGCCAGCCCAGUACCAUGCCUCCACCUUCCCCAGUUUGCCAAUAUGGCAGCUCCUUUGACUGCCUGGCUUGGGAUAAGGGAGACCAUUGAAGUAGAAGCCUCAAAGCAGACUCCUCCCUUUUCUCUCUGCACUCCAGGAUGAGGAAGGAGGGUCAUGCUUGGCACUUAAAUUGGGUCUUCUCUGGGAGGAAAGCUGAGCUGAGCAGUCACUGACCUCUGGGCCAGGCUCUCCAAGAAUCACCUUUUCUCUACUGGCUAGGCCAGCUACUGAGAGUGUCUCAUGUUGCAGAACCUUGCCCACCUCUCUUACCUGCAUCCUCUUCUUCUCCCUCAGUUGUCAUUGCUGCUAAUGGUCAAAGUCAAAUAUAUGGUCACACAGAAUGGGCCAGGUCCUCUUAGGCUACUUUCUGGAUGUUAUUUUUUAAAUAUGGAAACAUGCAGGUGCCUUCCCAAAGAAGCUUGGACUAGUGUAUCAAACCAGAAACAAAAUAAGCUAGUGAAAGUAUGAACUCAAGAAGAAAGAGGUUGGCAGUCUGUGUAACAGGUGGAAAUCUUACAAAGUUUUUGGGACAACCCAGUGAAUAUGAACUUGCAAUAUCUACUAUUUAAAAGAAAUGUUCUCACCUUGGGUUGGUUGUGGUAUACAGUGUGUUCUGAAACUUGUUGAGCUAAAGCUUUGACUUGCUUGAGUCAAGUAUGAAUCAUUUGCUUUGGUUCCUGUGUAUUUUAUGACCCUCUGUCAGUGACUUUCUGUCCCUCCUCCCCUGAGUGUGAAUUUGUAGCAUGAUUGUACAAACCUCUAUGUAGAAAAUGGAGAUUUCUUGUUCUCUGACAUAUUAAGCUCUAGCCAAUUUCUGUCCCCUUUAGCCUAGUGUGUCCAAACUUACUUUCUUGUUAUAUGUUUAAACUUUUCCUCUAUACUAUAGGUUUUGUGGCAUCCCAUGGUCAGGUGGAGAGGAAGCUGCCCCUUGCAGAACUGUACUGUAACCAUUUUUCUUUUUAAAAUAUUAUUUUCACAGGACUGAUUGUACACAGGGCUUGUAAUAAAAUUUUAACACUGUGCUGUGAAACCAUGAUGGUAAACUCCAUUGAAGGCUACUUUAAAGGCACCUGAAAGUGGAAUGUUAUAUCUAUGACUUUAUUUCUUGCUUCCUGAGUAUAUUAAACCUAAUUUUCACCCUUUCAUUCUGUUUCAGCCUCCUGUAUAAGAAGUACCAUAUUUUCUGCCCAUCAUACUUUGUAAUAAAACUUGAACAUGUAUAGAUUGACUGAA